CCUGGCACUAAUGACGACUUGCUGGUUCUCAACUUCCGUCGCGGUUUGACCACUUCCUUUUCCGCUGGUUCACUAGGGCACACUUCUACAGCCGAUAAUCCACUGACCAUCAUUCCUCAUGCCCCGAUGCCCGUGAUGUCAGCUUCUCGUAUUCUCAUUCUAGCAGGACUUGGUGGUCGCGAAUUGGUCACUAGUGAAAUGGUCAUUCGCCUUGCCAGACAUCUCGUUGCAGGUGCUUAUCUUGAGGCCAACUCGAUCACUGCUAUUUUGUCGCGUCUUCAGCUUGUUUUAGUGCCGUUCUCGCACCCAUUCGCUCUCUCCGCCACUCUGAGGACUCUAGCCUUUGAAUGGCUGAAACCUGGCUCAGAAGCCUCUGACAUCUGCGGCCCCAUGUCCCGACGACAUUCGCAGAUUGGACCAGAUCCUGACAGUCUUGUCUACCAGUUUUCAGAUGAGUCAACAUCUCCUGCCGUGCGAUCCUUGAAGUUGUUGAAAAAGCGUUUGCAACCACAUCUGGUUAUCAUUCUGGAAACAGGCUUAGGUGAUGAACUUGAUCUUUCAGAACCAAAUCGCACCUCUGCUGGGCUUCAUUGUCCAACCUCUUUUCGGACCGGUUUAUCGACAAGGCUAUUUAAAUUUUCAGUUCCUGCAGGCUCUGCAAUGAGCAUCCAAUCUAGAUGUCUUAUGCAAAACUUGGGUGAGAUUUUCGAACGCGAAUAUCUUCGAGAUGGAUACCGCUCGUGCGACUUUUCUUACGCUGGUCCACAGGGCGUCCGUCUCUCCAACUCGUCAACUUGGUCUCCUUAUUCUAAACAAGUCCACUUGAUGGAGCUAUUUUCUGACCCCUCGUCAGCUGAUGCAAUAUUCGACUCUAUCAAUGAUUUCCAUGUCUCGGCUCCAAAAAAGUUCGACAAGUUUGCGAAAGAAUCAAAUUCUACUUUUCCCACUGGCUCCAUCCAAAAUGUCAUGCCUACUCUUGCCAUCAGCCUUCGUCUUACCUGCCGUGUCUGUCCUCUCACAUCCAAACAGCAAUUACCUGAGCUUUGGACUCGAAUUCUGCCGGCCUUCUUAAACCUUUUAACGGCGCUAAAAAAUAGCAAGUUUACUCAAUUGCCUCCUUUAUCAUUGACUCAAUUUUAG